CCUCAUUCAUCUUGCCUCUUGAUUGACAUGGACUUCUAGAAACUCGCCAUGUCUCCCGCUAAAAGAAUCGAAGGAUGGUUACAGGCCAGACGUUAUUGCCAUCGAUCUCACCUUCCUGCAGAUGUCCCAUAGUAGUUCCUCCUGUUUCGACCAGACGAGUCAGUCACGCCCACAAAUGUUGGGCUUGGAACGCGGAUAACCUCGAGUAUCUUCCGUUCAUCAUGCUCCAAGGACAUCCGCAACCAACUUCAUCUCAGCAAUUGAUAUCCAUAUUUCUCCAUCGCAAUCCAGCGUCAAACUUCUCAUUCACUAUCGACACCUCCUAGUUCAGUAGGCGGCCUCCAAACGCUUUCUUAUGGGAUUCUCGUUCUUUCAUUCUUUCGUCAUGCUACCGACCUCGCAUUCUGUGCCAGUCGCGCGCAACGGCUCUUCAGGGAGGCAUAACGUCCAGCCUAACGAACAGCAGCGGCUACUGGACACCCGCCAUUCAGCAGGGAACCACAAAAACUUGCAGCGUGGAAAUUCAAGUGUACCCCAGCGCUAUCAAAAGACACAUACAAGCUUCCGGCGCUCGCUUCUCUCGGGCGUAGAUAUCAACUCAGGAGGACUUGAUCAACCCAACGACCAGACAGGUCAUCAACAGCAAACGCCAGCCAACCAAUUGCCAAUCGACGACAACCACAACUCGCAACCAAGCUCCUUGCAGACGAAAGACUUCUUCGUGGAGACCUUCACUAGCGCUAGAGACUACAUAGAACUGAUCGUGGGCCCCACAAAUGACGUUCACAAAUUCGUCGUCUCAAAAGCACAUCUGCGACAACUCAGUCAAGUGUGGGAUGCAUUUGUGAUGAGCCGCAGGUGGUGCACUCGACGGGAGUACGUGGUAAGGAAGUUCUCAAAGCGAAAAAGGGUACUCCGGUUGUCAGAAGAAGACCCUCGCAUCAUCCGUCUGAUCAUGUAUAUCGCGCAUCACCAAUUCUCGAAGCUUCCCAAAAAGCUCGAUUUCAAAGACGUCGUCCGUCUAGUCGAUGUUGCACAACGAUACAAUACCAUGCAUCUACUGCAACAUCACUUGAACGGCUGGCUUGAACCUUACUUCGACAGACUUUACGAUCCAGGUUACGAGGAAUGGUUACACAUUGGCCAACAUGUUUCUCACGCCUCCCGUGCUUACAUUCAACUCGCUCAACACCUCAAAUUACAUUGUUGGACCAGCAAUACUGGAGAGCUAUUGGUGCCUGGCUCAGAAAGCCCGAUUAUCGGUCUUUUGCCGCCGAAAGCUCUCUAUCACAUCAAGGCUGAUCGAACAAAGCUUCUAACGUCCAUCGUAACAUCUGCCUACACUCUUCUGAGCAACAUGAUAAACACGACCCCUUGCGAAGUCGCCAUACCAAACGCAUGUCUCCAGUGCCAGGAGUGCUGUGCGGGUACGAAUUACUUCAGAUUAACCCUGCAUCUGAAACAACUCGGUCUAUUCCCUCGGAUAGAAAAUGUCUCGCAGAUCCGCCACUCAGUCUUCGAGUUCGUCAAAAUGCUGAAAACAACUCGUGCGGCCGUUCACCGUCACGACGUUGCCAUGUCCCAUCUUUCGUGCAACGCGCUCUUCGAAACUCACCAUGCUUGCUCGUUUGAGACUAAGUUAGUGGCGGCCAUUGACGGGAUUCUGGUGGCCCACAGCAAGAGCGAACCAGUGUCAUCGAAGGACAUUGCCGCUUACAUGGACGCUCAUUCGAACGAUGAGAUCACCUGGACUACUGAAGGGAAGGAUCGGGAACAUCUACGAAGGCUGGGUGUGAUACCACGUUGUUGAAGUUUGGGAUAGGUGGCGUAUACAAGAUGAUUUUCUAUUCUAAUCGUUGACAUGGUAUU